UUAUAACAGAUAAUCACUCAAGUUAUGUGAUGGCAGGGAGGUUGUUAGAAUUAAAGCGCCCACAUUUGUAUUGGACACCAUGUGCUGCACAUUGCCUUGACUUGAUGUUGGAAGAUAUUGGAAAGCUACCAAACAUCAAGAGGACAUUGGAGAGGGCUAUAUCACUAAAUGGGUAUAUUUAUAAUCGCUCAGGGCUACUCAACAUGAUGAGGCGGUUUACUGGACAAAGGGAAUUGCUUAGGCCUGCUAAGACUCGGUUUGCAACUGCUUUUAUCACAUUAUCGCGAUUGCAUGAACAAAAAAACAAUUUGAGGAAGAUGUUUACAAGCUCAGAUUGGUCAGAUAGUAAAUGGGCAAAAGAGCAGAAGGGGAAAACUAUAGCCAACAUAGUUCUAAUGCCUUCAUUUUGGAACACUAUUGUGUUUUGCUUAAAGGUUUCGGGUCCCCUAGUUCGUGUGCUUCGUUUGGUUGAUGGUGAAAAAAAAGCUCCUAUGGGAUACAUCUAUGAGGCCAUGAAUAGAGCUAAGGAUGCAAUUGUGAGAAGUUUAAUGGAAAUGAAGAGAAGUACAAAGAAAUCUUCAACAUCAUUGAUAAGAGGUGGGAGAUUCAGCUUCAUCGGCCUUUGCAUGCAGCAGGGUACUUUUUGAACCCGGAAUUCUUCUAUGAUAAGCCAGAAAUAGAGCAUGAUGCCGAGAUUAUGAGUGAUUUGUAUAAAUGCAUCUUAAGGCUAACAAGAGACCCUGCUAAGCAAGAAAAGUUGUGGCCGAAGUGAG